AACGGUUAGUCCCUCCCCCCUAAUCUUUUGCACUAAGCGAGCGCGCACGCCCAAAAUCCCAAUGAUCGCUAGAAGAGCAGCGGCCUCCUGCUAAAGCCGAAGGCCUCCUCCGCCGCCGUCGCCGCUGGUUGUCUCCGAUGGACGACAUGGCGGCCUACUAUCCUCCGCCGCCGGGGACCCUCCCCGCCUACGCUUACUACCAAGCGCCCCCUCCCCCGCAGCCUCCGGCGGCGGCGGCGGCGCCGCCUCAGCCCUACCUCCCGCACCUCCAUCACCAGCCUCCUUUCCCCUCCUACGGGGCCCCCGCCGUCGUCGUCCCGCACGGCGCGUACGACGAGGUCCGGACGCUGUUCGUCGCCGGCCUGCCCGAGGACGUGAAGGCCCGCGAGAUCUACAACCUCUUCCGCGAGUUCCCCGGCUACGAGUCCUCGCAUUUGAGGAGCCCUAGCAAGAAUUCUCAGCCAUUUGCUUUUGCUGUAUUCACAGAUCAGCAAUCUGCAGUUGCAGCAAUGCAUGCACUGAAUGGGAUGGUGUUUGAUCUUGAGAAGGGAUCAACACUAUACAUUGAUCUUGCAAAAUCCAACUCCAGGUCUAAACGUUCAAGAGAUGAAGACAGACAUGGAUCAGACAAGAGAGCUAGAUUAUCAUCCCCAUAUUCCUUCGGCGCUUUGGAUUCUGCAGGUGUUGGCAGCACUCACAUGCCUGGAAUGGGUAAUUCUGCUUACAGCACGAUUGGUUAUCCAUCUACACAAAGUCAUGGAAGUUCUGAUGGCCGAGGCAUAAAGGGGACAACAGCUGCAAAAAUGGGUAAUUCUUCUGCACCCCCAUGCCCAACAAUUUUUGUGGCUAAUCUGGGGCCAAGAUGUACAGAGCAGGAGCUUAUUCAAGUCUUUUCACAAUGCUCUGGUUUUUUGAAAUUGAAGAUGCAGAGUACUUAUGGUGCUCCAGUUGCGUUUGUGGACUUUCAGGACACUGCUUGUUCAACUCAAGCUCUAAAUCAACUUCAGGGCACGCUUCUCCUUUCUUCACCAGCUGGAGACGGCAUUCGGUUGGAGUUUGCGAAAUCACGGAUGGGAAUGCGCAGGAAGGGGAAGUAGCAAAAGGCCUAGAUUUCUUGGAGCUUCCGUCAAGUUGGUGGAUGCACAUCGAUAAAAAUCAUUGUCGUCCGCCUAAUAGUUUCUUCGCCAUGCUCUUUCGGUUAUGUUGUAUUAUGCUCAUAAUUAUUUUAGCUUUUGACUGGCCUAUAGUGCGACACAGUGCUCCCAUGUCGGAAAUGGCUAAUCUAGGAAUUCUGAGCUUAGGCUUCCUUUUCUUAUGCAUUAAAAUUUAUACAGGAUAUUGAUUGCUUGGA